AUGGUAUUCAGGAAGUCGAUUUGUAAUUUAUCAAAAUAUGGAAAGAAGAAUGAAGAACUGCUCUCCCCAGUUCUCAACGAUUACCGAGUUUCCGACAUCACGAACAUAUUCUCAAUGUCACUCGUCUCCGAAGGAUCAAGAGAUAUAGAAAACCCAAAAGAACACCACUACAAACUCCGCUCAAACUCAUUUAACAGAUAUAAUAGGUACCUGAGUUCACAAGGAAACGUAGUCGGCUCAAAUACAAUUAGAAGAUCACAUAGCCUCUCAAUUGACAGGAAAUUGAGAACAUCACUAACGGCAGUGAGUGAACUAAAAAACCAAAGGAACAACAGAACAGAAAAACGACAUUUAGAUGAAGUUAAGCAUGAUUUGGAUAACACGGAACAAAAAAAUUUCGAUCUCACGGAUCUUAACACGGUUAUUAAUUCCCACCAAUUGAAUCCCGUUAAAACUCUUAUUACAAAAGAUUAUCUGAUUACGCCCAAAAUUACAAAGAUUGGAUUGGGUAAUACGGUAAAUGGAAGAGCAUACUCUACAAACAAACCGAAGAUGAAUAAGAGUGAGUUAUUUAAGAGGCUUAGAAUAGGAGCAUUUGCACCAUUGGGGCUAGGAGUGUUGGAAGGGAAGGCCUUGAACUCUUUAUCACUAAAGGAAAAUGUAAGAGAAAAGACAGAUUUACCAAGAAGUAAAGUACUGGAACGCCUGAUGGACAAGGUUGAACGGUUGGUUAACGUCAAGAGAGAGAAACUAGCUGAAUUGCACAAUAAAUACGCAGACCGUCGUUUAGGAGAAGUUACGUUAUCAAUGCUGUUCUCAGGACUAAAAGACGUACCGGCAAUGGUAACAGAAACAAGUGAAUUGGAUCCGUAUAAAGGGAUAAGAUUUAGAGGACUUACAGUUGAUGAGAUGCUCUCAGUUUUGCCAGGAAAGAACCCAGAUUGCCCAUAUACUGAGUCCGUUCUAUGGUUCCUCUUAACAGGAGAAGUGCCCUCGCCAGUCGACGUUGAUGACCUGUCAUACGAACUCUAUAAGCGUAGCGUGGUCCCAGAUCACGUGUACAAGGUGAUCGAUGGGUUCCCGAGGGAUACACAUCCAAUGACCCAGUACAUCACUGCGAUUUCAGCACUUCAAACAGAGUCUGUAUUCAGAGAAGCAUAUUUUGAUAAGACAUACCACAAAGAUACCUGCUGGAAACUGGCACUGGAAGACUGCCUGAACCUAUUUGCAAAAAACUCAGUUGUUGUAGGAUACAUUUACCGAAGGUCGUUUCUAGAUGAAAACACGAAGCCAGAAGAUGUACAAUACAACUCUUCACUGGACUAUGCUGCUAACUUGGCACAUUUCCUAGGAAAUAAAACCGAACUCUUUAGUGACGUUAUGAGAUUAUACCUUGCACUGCACUCAGAUCAUGAAGGAGGAAAUGUUAGUGCGCACGCUUCACAUUUGGUAGGAAGCGCACUGGCAGACCCAUAUUUUUGCUUUUCAAGCGCAUUAUGCGGAUUAUCAGGACCACUACACGGAAUGGCAAACCAGGAGUGCUUGGUGUGGAUAAAGAAAAUGCUUAGUGACAUGGGAGAUAAGGAAGUAACAGUGGAUGAAGUAAAAAAGUACGCAGAAGAUACAAUGGCAAAAAAACAAGUCAUUCCAGGAUACGGCCACGCAGUACUUAAAGUAACAGAUCCCAGACAUACAGCAUUUGUAAGAUUCGCAUUGAAGCACUUCCCUGAUGAUCCAUUGGUGAAACUAUUAGAUACAUGCCUAAAAGCAAUUCCAGAAGUGCUGAAAGCAUCAGGAAAAGUUAGGAAUCCAAACCCAAAUGUUGAUUGUUCAACGGGAGUAUUAUUGAGCCAUUUCAAUGUCGACCAACCACAAAUCUUCACAGUGUUAUUUGGACUUUCAAGAUCAAUGGGAAUACUGUCCCAAUUAGUCUGGGCUAGAGCACUCAGGUACCCUAUAGAGAGACCGAAAUCGCUCUCCUUGGAAACCGUAGAAAAAUUAUGUAACUCCCCAGAUUCUUAA